AUGCAGCCGGCCUGCGUGCUGCUUGCCUUGGGCAGCCUGGUCUUAAGCGCCACGGGGGACCUGACCCCAGAUGUUUGUUCCCAGAUCUUUCACUCCGGUGUGUACCCAGGAUUUCCCAGAGCAAUCAAGACCAACGACCCAGAGGUUCUCAAAGCAGCCAGAUACAGCGUUGAAAAGUUCAACAACUGCACGAAUGACAUCUUCUUGUUCAAGGAGUCCCAGCUCCGCAGAGCCCUGGUCCAGAUAGUGAAAGGCCUGAAGUACAUGCUGGACAUGGAAAUUGGCAGAACUACCUGCAAGAAAACCAAGCACCCCAGUCUGGACAACUGUGACUUCCAGACCAACCACACCUUGAAGAUGACCCUCAGUUGCUACUCUGAAGUCUGGGUCAUCCCCUGGCUCCACAGGUUCGAGGUGCCCGUUCUCCACUGUCACUGA